CGAAGCUACAAACGCGACCACCCGCAGUGAAAGCUCACGCUUCUCAAGCCUUUGCACUCCGCAUACUCCACACGCCACACGCCACACGCCACACACCACACACGCCACACACCACACACCACACACCAACCACAAAUGGCACCCAUGAAAUAGCAACAGAGAGCGCGUAAAGGUUCAGAGUCAAGAGUGGCUCGGUGGACGACUCCAUCCCACCGCGACCCUUCUGUUCUCGAUACUCUUCCCACCAAACAUGGCUCGGCCAGCCCCCAACAGAGUGCCCAGCGGCAGCAGCUCCAUCUCACCCUCUCUGUUAUCUGCUCAGGGCGCAAUGACAAGCGGUGCUCUGUCCCACCAAUCAUCCUACAACUUUGCCGCUCCUUCGACACCAACCUCGCAUGACUUGCUUUCAUCGCCAUCUCAAGCCAUUGCUCGUGGCAACAGCGGAGGCUCCGAUGUGCCGAGCGCAGCGGAUAGCAGCGCACUCAGGAGGAUAGUGUGGGAAGCGCGUGUGCCAGUCGCUGUCAGCAUCCAUCCUUCCGACUUGCCUCCAGGUGCGGCCGCUUCUUCGUCCGUGGACCCCACAGCUCCUCCAACGAAGUACUACAUGACAGCUCCUCGAGUGUCCUACUUUCCGCUCCAUCUCGAGGAACUACGCAUAGGACUGGUCGAACCCAUGUUUGCUCAUGCUGGAGUCGUCUCUUCGGAAAUCCCCCCAGUAGAUGGUUGGUGGCUCGAAGAGGAGAGGAGUAGUGACAAGAGCGCUGCGAUGGCCGUCUCGGCCCGAGCCGCUCAGGCAAGCGCCCUCAAGUGGCACUGGCCCGUUGGGCUGCUCUACGACCAUUUCACUCGGAACGCGGCACCUACUGCGCAUGGUCUCGCUCCUUCCACAAGCCAAGCGCCCACUUCAUCACUCCAAGCUUCCCGACUACGUCGCAGCUCAGUCCUGAGCGAAGUGGAGAGCGAAGAGCCAGCUGCUCAAGCGUUCGCGACACAAGCACAAUCGCGAAGCGUCUUUGUGCCCGAGCCUCCACCUGUCCCCUGGAAGCUGGUGCUGCACCUCCGCACUGCCCCUUCGACAUCCGCACCACCUUCUUCCGCCCCUACCUCCACUCUCACUGCUACAGCCACAAAUGCGGUGCAAAGCAGUGUCGCGCCCAAUCAGCCCAACACCGUUGAGCUCGCCAAAGCUAGUUUCAUGAGCAUGGUCAAAGAAGCGGACUUCGUCAGGUGGGGUAGCACGAGGAGGGUGACCAAUCUGCGAAAGGCGGAUCAGGACAAUUUAUGGACCGGCGUCGUUUCUCACAACUUUGAGCUUUACUCUUCAAUCGCUUCCAAACUCUUUCCUGCGAUUCCGCUUGUCAAUGCCUCGAGCAACUCGGAUAAUGCGACGGGUCUCGGAGCACAAACGCAGUCCGCAGCUUCUAGCCGAGCGCCAUCCUUUAGCGGAGCGUCUGGCACAAGUGCAGGUCCUGCCGAAGGUUUCAACACGUUUUCCUCUUCUACAACGCUCAGGCCUGGGCUGCCAGCAGGCAUGGCUCCUGGUGCAUGGAACGAGAGCACGGCUAGCCUGGCGCCUAGUCUAGCAAGCAAUGCCACGAGCGGCGCAGGGCACACGCCAGCUCUGAUUCCGCCAGACGCAGCGGCUGGAGAAUCAGCUUCUCACAACGCUUCCACAAGAGACAAGGAUAGACCUAGGAGUAUACCCAUGCGAUUUCACUUGCCUGAUGCGCCGAUCGUGCAGGAGCCUGUGCAAGGCUGGACUGACGACGGGCAACCGGUCGCUCUUUCACACGUCCUCUCUUCCCUCUUUCCCCUGCUCUUUCCACCGACACCCUCUUUCGGCCUAACGCGCGCAGCGGAUCAACGCAGAUCGUUGGCUUACGCCGUCGUGCAAGGUAUACGGAUACCCUUGGACUCGGAAAUACCCUGGAUCGGUGCUGUGCUCGGUAAUGCUGAUGGCUGGUAAGUGCACAGAGCGCGGGGACGUUGAAAGUGGGCUCACAGUGCACUCUAUCUUUGCGCGCAGGGUGACUAUCUGUAUCAACCCACUUAAGGAAGGCGAGAGAUCUUGAUGCUGCUAGGCAGAGGACGUACUGCGAGUCAAGCACAAUGCACACUCUCUCACACUGUGAAGCCUGCUCAAUUGAUGAGCUGCCCCACCUGGCUGCGUUGGUAGCCCGACACGCUUACCAAUAAAGCGCCACGAAAUUCGCACCCAUACGAUCAUACGAUGAGAUUGAUUU